AUGUCUCAAAAUACCAAAACCUACAAAGACGCAUUUGCUCUCUUUGACAAGAAGGGAACAGGAAAGAUUCCAGUUGAACAUUUAGGAGACUUAUUGAGAGCGGUUGGCCAAAAUCCUACAUUAGCAGAAAUUUCUGAAUUACAAGGUUCGAUUAAAUCCAACGAAUUUGACUUUGACACCUAUCAAAAGAUUAUCGAGAGACCAGAUGGUUUCAAGCCAUUAGGAUUGCCUGAGGAUUAUAUUAAAGGAUUUCAAGUUUUUGAUAAAGAACAAACCGGGUAUAUUGGUGUAGGCGAAUUAAGGUAUAUCUUAACGUCCAUUGGAGAAAAGUUGUCUGAUUCGGAAGUCGACGAACUAUUGAAGGGAGUAAACGUUACAUCUGAUGGUAAUGUCGAUUAUGUUGAAUUUGUUAAGUCUAUAUUAGACCAAUAA